UGUGACCGACGCCGUGACGUUAUCAAGGUCCUGAUCCUGGAGGAGAGGAAGCAGCCGCUGCCUACUGUUUACAUUGGAGUUAUCGGUUCUUUAUUUGGGGUGGCUGGUGCAGAGCUGCGGUCAUGUCCCGGGUGCGGCAGCCUCCUCUAGUGACUGGCAUCUCUCCCAAAGAAGGGACCUCCUGGACUAAGGUUACCAUCAGAGGCGAGAACCUGGGCACCGGCCCCUCUGACCUCAUAGGUUUAACCAUCUGCGGGCACAAUUGUCUGCUGACAGCGGAGUGGAUAUCUGCCAGCAAAAUAGUGUGCCGGGUCGGUACAGACAAGAAUGAUAAAGGGGACAUCAUUGUUACUACAAAAUCUGGAGGAAAGGGGACUUCGACUGUAUUUUUUAAGUUGGUCAAGCAUGAAAAAAUUGGUAUUUUGUAUCAGUCGGCAGUAUGGGUGGAAGAACAGAAUUAUUAUGACAUGCGCACAGACAGAAAUAAAGGAAUAUCUCCUCUAUCUCAGAGAACUGGUAAUCCAUUGGGUAUAGAUAUAGAAAGGGAAAAGCUCCCGCACUCGGACAUCGAGGCAUUGUUUCCUGGAAAGACUGCGGACUUCAAUAGGGAGAAUUUUUCUGCUACUUGGUAUCUGAUAGAAAAUCACUCAACUGCAAGUUUCGAACAUCUUAAAUUAGCAGCCAACAACUUGAAAAAACAAGCAAGCAAGAAAAACGAGGGUAACGUUGCUUACGUGAAAGGAGGACUAAGCACAUUUUUUGAGGCUCAGGAUGCAUUAGCAGCAAUCCAUCAAAAACUCGAGACGGAUGGCACGGAAAAAGUGGAAGGGUCAGUGACGCAAAAAUUGGAGAAAGUUCUGAAAAGUGCAAGUACUACAGCAGAUACUCUGUUUCAAGAAGUGCUGGGAAGGAAGGAUAAAGCAGACUCCACGCGAAAUGCACUAAAUGUUCUUCAGCGAUUUAAGUUUUUAUUCAACCUUCCUCUCAACAUUGAGAGAAACAUUCAGAAGGGCGAUUAUGAUGUGGUUAUAAAUGACUAUGAAAAAGCAAAAUCUUUGUUUGGGAAGACUGAAGUAGAAGUGUUUAAGAAAGUUUACGCUGAAGUAGAAACCAGGAUCGAAGCUUUGAGGAAAUUACUUUUGGAUAAACUUUUGGAAAAGCCUUCCACCCUGCAUGACCAAAGGCGCUACAUCAGAUAUCUUUCCGAACUCCACGCUCCGGGUGACCCGGCUUGGCAGUGUAUUGGAGCACAGCACAAAUGGAUUCUCCAGCUCAUGCACAGCUGUAAAGAAGGCUAUGUGAAUGAACUAAAAGGAAGCACAAUUCUUCAGAGUCCGAUGCUUGAUGUGGACAGCGAUGGACGUCCAUCUCCAAUUGCCCGGCUCAGCCAGACCGCAUCCCUGAAGAGAGGCAGCAGUUUCCAGUCUGGGCGAAAUGACUCUUGGAAGUAUAAAACACCCCCUCAAGCAGAAUUUGUGGAGAAAUUAUCAAAAAUAGUGGUUUCCGAACUACCAAACUUCUGGAAACUCUGGAUAUCCUAUGUCAAUGGAAGUCUUUUCAGCGAGACUGCAGAAAAAUCUGGGCAAAUGGAGAAAUACAGAAAAAAUGCAAAACAAAAGCCAAACGAUUUUAAGAAAAUGAUACAAGAAGUGAUGCAGUGCUUGGUGAAGCUCAUUCGCGGAGCUUUACUUCCAAGUACUCUUGGCCAAGAGGAUGUGAUGAUUUACGGAGGUUGGGGAUCGAAGGCUGAAUUAUCUGGACUUUGGUUAGCUCAUGUUGUUCAGACCUUUAGGCAUACGUAUGAAUCACUAAUGGCUCUUGAGAUCCCCAAUGAUAUCCUGCAGGCUAUACAAGACCUCAUAUUGGAGUUGCGGGAAACUUGUGUCAAGGUCACUUUGCAGCAUACUGCUGAAGAGGUCAAGAAAUUGGCGGACAAAGAAGACUGGAUGGUCGACAAUGAGGGUUUAACAGCUUUGCCAUCACAGUUUGAGCAGAGUGUGACCCAGGCUUUACAAUCACUGAAAAGUGUCAUAGAAUGUAAACCCGCUGAAGCAAGUAUUUUUCAGCAUCAGAAAACACAGGAAAGAGUGUGCACUCUCUGCAUAAACAUAAUCCAGGCCUUCAUCUCUGCCCUUGAUUAUCUAAGUAACAAACCUGAAGGAGAUGUGGAUACAAUGCAUGUUUCGGCUGAUAUUUCAUCUCCUGACUUAUUCGGAAGUCUUAAUGAAGAGCCCACAAUAUCCUCUGAGAAAAAGCUUUUAAUUGUUCUGAGCAACUGCAACUAUCUGGAACGACAUACCUUAAUAAACAUCGCCGACCAUUUUGAGAAACAUGGCUUUCAGGGAAUAGAGAACAUAACAAAGGCCAGCACGGAGUCUCUGAAGGAACUGGACCAAAGUUUAUUUGAAAAAUUUAUCGAAAGUAAAGCAGACCCCAUAGUUGGAUCCCUGGAGCCUGGCAUAUAUGCGGGGUACUUCGAUUGGAAAGACUGCCUGACCCCCACAGGUGUCAGAAAUUACUUAAAGGAAGCAUUGGUGAGCAUGAUUGCUGUACAUGCAGAGGUCUUCUCAAUUUCUAAACAACUGGUCCCAAGAGUAAUGUCAAGGAUUGUGGAAGCAGUAGGAGAAGAGCUUUGUCGUCUCAUGCAAUGCGUGUCAUCCUUCAGCAGGAACGGUGCUUUACAAGCACGCCUUGAGAUCUGUGCACUGAAAGACGCUGUAUCUAUUUAUCUGACUGAUGAGAUCAGGAGUACAUUUGACCAAGCACUGGACGCCAUUCCCCAGCUUUCAAAUGGGAGUGAUAAAAAGUUACUUGAGCAGCUGCUGAAUGAGUUUAAGAGCAGUAUGCACUUACAGCUUGUGUGCUUCCAAAUGUCCUCCAACUAUGAGCAGAAGACUUAAGCAACCAGCGUAUCCAAGAAAAACAUACUCUGUCAAUUUUUUUGUAACCUUGUUUAAUCCUUAUGUCUGUAUUACAUUUUAGUAUUGAAACAGAGCUCUUGCAAUUACUAACUGUUGUUCCUAAGGUAUGCACUACUAUUUACCACUAAUAUACCAUAUUACUGAGCAUGGAAUAAAAGCUGGUUUCUCUCA